GAGUUGCAUUCCAAAUGACCAAACUUGUAUCACCCAUGAAUCAAAUAAUUAAGGAAUUGUACGUAUUUGUUCAUAUUUUAAAGGUAUGUAGUUUUUUAGGACCGCUAUCUAGUAAAAAAAAAAAGCUGCAUAAUCUGGCUAGUUGGCUGUAAACCUCAGUCACCAUGUUUCCUCAUCUUCUGAAACAACCACCAGGCAGAGAGCAACAGAUUGACAAUCAAUUUGCUUUGUGAAGCACCGCCUCACUGGGAGGGAAUCAAAAGGCUAAAGUGCCAAUCAGGUGCAAGUUGGGCGGUUUAAAGCCUCACUGAUAGAGAGCAGAGACGAAAUGGCUUCCAGACCAGACGAUGAUCUCUGCUGUCCGGUCUGUCUGGACAUAUUUAAGGAUCCUGUUCUUCUGUCAUGCAGCCACAGCUUCUGUACGGAGUGUCUGCAGAAAUCCUGGAGAGAGAAACCAGGAAGAGAGUGUCCAGUUUGUAAAAGGAGAUCAUUCAUCAAAAAUCCACCACGUAAUCUGGCUCUGAAGAAUCUGUGUGAGACUUUCUUACAGCGGAGACAGAAGAGAGCUUCAGAGGAUCUCUGCAGUCUGCACUCUGAGAAACGCAAACUCUUCUGUCUGGACCAUCAGCAGCCAGUGUGUGUCGUCUACAGAGACUCAGAAAACUACACCAGUCACAGAUUCAGACCCAUUGAUGAAGCUGCUCAGCAACACAAGAAGAAGCUUCAGGAAACUCUGGAGCCUUUAAAGGAGAAGCUGGAGCUCAGGAAGAAAGUUCAGGAGGAGUUUGGUCAGACAGCAGAACACCUGAAGGUCCAGGCCCGACACACAGAGAGGCAGAUUAGGGAGCAGUUUAAGCAUCUUCAUCAGUUUCUAGCAGAGGAAGAGGAGGCCAGGCUGGCUGCACUGAGGGAGGAAGAGGAGCAGAAGAGAGGGAUGAUGAAGGAGAAGAUGGAGGCUCUGAGCAGAGAGAUAGCAGCUCUUUCAGACACAGUCAGAGCCACAGAGGAGGAGCUGAGAGCUGAAGACGUCUCAUUCCUGCACAACUACAAGGCUGCAGUGGAAAGAGUCCAGCGCUGCCCCCUGCUGGAGGAUCCACAGCUGCCCUCAGGAGCUCUGAUAGACCAGGCCAAACAUCUGGGCAACCUGGCCUUCAACAUCUGGAGCAACAUGGAGACAGUGGUGACCUACACUCCUCUGGUUCUGGAUCCAAACACGGCUGGUUCAGAACUCCGUCUGUCUAAAGAUCUGACCAGUUUGACUUUUAGAGAGGAACAGCAGCUUCCUGAUAAUCCAGAGAGAUUUGAUAAAGCCUGCUGUUCUGUUCUGAGUUCUGAGGGUUUUAACUCAGGGAACCACAGCUGGGAUGUUGAUGUUGGAGACACUAAAGCCUGGAGCCUUGGUGUGAUAGAAGAGUCUGUUGAGAGAAAGGGAAGAAUAGAGUCUGGAUGGAUGUUUUUAUGGUUCUAUAAAGGUACAUACUAUGCAUAUUCUCCAUCAGCUCCUUUCCAUCGUCUCUCCAUUCAGAGGAAUCUCCAGAGGAUCAGAGUGAAUCUGGACUGGGACAGAGGAAAGCUGUCCUUCUCUGAUCUGGAUACUAACACACACAUACUCACCUUCAAAUACACCUUCACUGAUAAGAUGUUUCCACUCUUCACCACUACUAACACCUUAAAGAUUGAACCGAUGAAGAUCUCAGUGAACAAGCAGCAGCUCUGAUGAUCCAAAUCAAAACUUAUUGAUCAGAUGAUUGAUUGGUUUUAUGAUUGAUUAUAUGGUUUUCUGGUUUGGUGAAUUUCUUAUUGUCAUUUUUAAACUCUGUUUUUAAUCAGGAAAUGAAAGAUGAUCUGAUCAUCUGGAGGAUUUUUUACAUAUUUCUGUUUCCACUGAAAUAUUUUGAAGGUUUAUUAUUUAUC